AUGUCUUUUCUUCGUCGGUUCUUCUCGAAAGAAGUCUGUGCCGCUGAUGCUUAUCCUUCACCUCCAUCAUCAGCAAGUCCACCACCAACAAGAAAGAGACGAAUCGAAGGGUCAUCAGAGAGCGAUGGAGAAGCAUUCCUAGGAGACUUGUCGAUCUACAACCAGGAUUAUCGAUGCGGCGGCCCCUAUCUUGUUGAACUCCCCGCGAUCACGAAAGUUCCCAGUCCCCAGGACCCUCUACACGCUAGAUGGGAGAGCGAGCUUCUUGGACCGGUGGUAGAGAUUCUGGACAAGAAUAAGGUGGACUACAACCCUUACUGCGGAGUAGGCCCGGCGCAACGCGCAUCAGACGAAGAUGUGGUACGAGAGUGGCAUGACACAAUAUUGAUCUCAGCCACGAAACAUAACCUGGAUCGUUCUUGGUAUUUCGCAUGUAAGGAAAUUCGGAGCCUGCUGGAAGCGAAAAAUAUGUCCCAAUUCAAUGUUGAGAUUAUCGAUGCCCGGGCAAGUGUGUAUCCAAGGGCGUUCCCAAUUGACCCCAAGGAUCCCUUCGUUAAGCAAUGGCCACCACUCCAAGAUAUGAUCAUAGAUAUGCUCGGUGACAGGCACUGGACUCUACUGCAGCCACUCUUGCUAGGACAGCCCGACGAUUUUCUGGGGCCACGCACGAUGACAGUUUCACUUAUGGUCAGGCCUGAGUCAACUAGUGAUUGGACAGACGUACGUGAACGUAUGGUUCAAAUACUUGACAGUCAUGGACUGAAGCAUGUUGCUGUGACCGUCCACCGUGGGUCAGUUCUACACACUCUUUCUGAUUUUCGCAUUCUAGAAAAGAGAGACUGGGAGCUUCCUACUGUUUUCGGUGGAAGUAUCGGCAUGCGUGAUUCAAAUGCCUCUUCCGGAACUUUCGGCGGCUACCUAGAACUUCAGAUGGAGAAUGGUACGUGGCGCAAGUAUGGAAUUACAAAUUACCACUGCAUUCGAGGAAGCCUUCUAGAUGCUGAGAAGAGCGAUAAGAUUGGCGUCAGUCCAAAGGAUGCUCAGGAAAAUCCCAUUUUUGUGGACCAACCCAGCUUGAAGUACCACCAACAAUCCAUCGACAAGUACCUCUACAACGUCAGUGCAAUGGAAAGUACUUUUCCAUAUGAAAUCAAGGAAUUGAUAGAGGCUGGAGAGCCUUCCGUUUCUGAGAAAAACAUUCGCCGCUAUGAGAAACACCAGGCAAUGAUUAACUCAACCAAUGCCCUGGUCAAUCAAGGAAUUCAGUUCGUUCAUGACAAAGAGCAUCACUUAGGCAGCGUUUAUGUAUCAUCCGGAUUUCGAGCCACCGACCGACAGUAUCUUCUGAACUGGGCGUUGAUCGAGGUCAAAGAGAAGCGUCUAGGUAGAAAUGAUAUCCCUCAGAUGUCAGAUCAUUGUUUGCCAGAAAUUGUGAAGCCUCUGUAUGAUCCAGAUGAAACGUACAUAUCCGGGACCGCAGCAAUCACCGACGGAAUGGUAGUUUUCAAGAAAGGAAAUCGUACAGGUUUUACGGCUGGACAGUUGAAUGGUACGAAAACAACUACCCUGCAGCACUGGAUACAGAGCAAAGAAGGAGAGUGGACCGCAAUCAGAGGUCAAGCCUACAGCGUUGCGCCAAAUGGUUGUCCUGCUUUUGGCGAUGCUGGAGAUUCUGGCUCCCUUGUGAUUGACUGUGAUGGAAAACUUGCCGGCCUGUAUCUCGGAGGAGACAGAGACAAUGGAUGGGGCCUGUUCAUCGGCUGGGAGGACCUCUUCAAUGACAUCAAGCUCAUGACAGGCUCGAAUGUCCGCGUUCCUUCUACAUAA